AUGUUUCCGGCUGUGGUACCAAUCAAUGGGCUGCUUUAUCUUGGAUGGUGUCAGCUUUUUGAAUAUGGGAGCUGUACUCAUCCAGUCGUCGUGACAGCACUGUGCUUAGGAAAACAAACACAAGAGCAACUGGCAGCUAAAAAGAAACGGCAGAAGGAGAGGGAGGCACUUGGAGACAAGGCACCGCCAAAGCCAGUCCCAAAGACCAUUGAAAACCAACGAGAGUAUGAUGAAACAACUGUCGACCCAAAUGAUGAGGAGGUGGCUUUCGAUGAAGCAACAGAUGAAUUUUCUUCCUACUUCAAUCGACAAACAAGUCCGAAGAUCCUUAUUACCACAUCUGACAGGCCUCGAGGGAGAACAGUACGGUUAUGUGAGCAGCUGGCAAAGGUAGUGCCAAACUCUCAUGUCUACUACAGGAGGGGAUUGGCUCUGAAAAAGAUCAUACCACAGUGUGUCGCCAGAGAGUUUACAUACUUACUCGUCAUCAAUGAAAACCGAAAAGUACCAAAUGGUUUAAUUGUUAGCCACCUUCCCAAUGGACCAACAGCGCAUUUCAAGAUGUCUAGUGUGCGUCUAGCAAAAGAACUGAAGAGGAGAGGGAAGGAUCCGUCAAACCACUCACCAGAAGUGAUCCUAAACAAUUUCUCUACCCGCCUGGGACACAGCAUUGGGAGAAUGUUUGCCUCUCUCUUUCCUUACAAUCCACAGUUUGUGGGACGACAAGUGGUAACCUUUCAUAACCAGCGUGAUUACAUAUUCUUCAGAUUUCACAGGUACAUAUUUAGAAAUGAGAAGAAAGUGGGUCUUCAAGAACUUGGACCGCGUUUCACACUGAAACUGAGAUCUUUACAGAAAGGGACCUUUGAUUCAAAGUAUGGAGAAUAUGAAUGGAUCCACAAGCGUCAUGAAAUGGAUACGAGUCGAAGGAAGUUUCACUUGUAAAGUCUGGUUUUCAGUGGGACUGGUCGAAGGCAUGACGUAGGUCCCUUGGCAGCACUGCUUUUACACAUUUCUUGCAGAAUAUCGGAAAUCAAGCAAACUAAACAGUCCUCAGGGGACGUCAAUUAGAUUCUUUGAAAAUAAAUUCUGCAGAAGCUGGUUGCUGCAAUCAUUAGUAUUGUCUCUGUCGAGAAAUGUUACACUCUCAAAUUUAUGCAUUCUUCCUUCCAGCCUGUUCUACAAUAAAAGCUUCUUUGUAUAUGUACUUGUACAAAGGGAUUUAAGUUUUGGAACAAUUAAAUUAUUUCUUUGAAUAUA